AAACGGGCAGUGGAAAGGGCAGGGCAGGGCAGGGCGAAGGGAAAGGGAGAGAGAGGGAGAGAGUGAGAGUGUGUUUGUGUUGUGGCUCUGUGUGUAGCAACGUCUACGGUGGGUUCGAGGAUCGAACAAGUCGAGUUCAAAGCACAUUAUCAGAACUCGUCAUCGUCAUCAUCAUCAUCAUCAUCACCGUGCCGAGAAAGAAGGAGAGAGUGAGAGGCUGUAUUGAACUGCGAAAGACUGUCGAGCGAGAGACAGAAAGAGAGCGGGAGCAAGUUGUGAAGGGUGUGCGUGGAACGAAGGGCUGGACGCAAGGGAAACACGAAAAACAGAGCAACAACAGGGCAGCAGCAGGGGACAACAAAGCACAUGCAAACGAGAAACAGACGACAACAGCAGGCAGCAGGCGUUGCGUUGCGCAGUGAGUGAAGGAGAAGUCGAUAGAGGGUGCUGGUGGUGUAUUUGUUGUGUUGAUAGCGUGCGCGCCAGAGACGUCAGCAGCAACGUUACGUCAGCGAAAUUAAUGUGUGUGUGAGUGUUUGUGAGUGAUUGUGAGCGUGUGAAGUGUAGGCCUUUUUGGAGUGAAUAUUCUAGCUAGCCCCGAUUGCCAAACUCAGCCACAACGGCAACGGAAAUUGAUGCUGCGUGCCGUAACGAUUUGCGUAUGCGAUCAUACGCUCCCGUUUUGCGUGUGUGUGAUUUGUGUUUGAUGGUGGUUUGGUGAUUGUGAGUAAUACACGCACACACAGGUACAUGUGAAAAAAGUGCAUAGAAAACAAGGCACAGAAGGUUGACAAAAAUCGCAAAAAAAAAGUGUUUUAUGAAGAAGUGAAGCUGUGUCGUGAAAGCCCAAACAGAGCUCCGUGUGUGUGUGUGCAAGUGUAAAAUUGUGCAUGUUGCUGUUGGUGUAUGGAAAAUGAAAUGCUAAUCAUCCCGUGUACGUCCAAUGUGUGUGGCAUUUAUUCUGCGCUGCUUUUUCGUGAGUUCAUUUCGUUGUGUGUAGGAGAGUGUGCGAAAAAAGAGUAAUUUUCGGCGUGCAAAGUGGUUUCUGCAUAUGAGAAGAGUCCCAAAAAAAAAAGGCAAGGUGAAGGAAGUAGCAAACAGCAGGGAAGAAAAUAAUAGGUCAGCAAAUUAGCAAAAAGUGCCACGUAUUAUCACCAGCAUCGGCGUUGAACCCAGGGCGGGUGCAGUGUAUCAACGAUCAGCGCAAAUUGUUCGCUUCCUUCGUUUUAAAAGGAACGUCUGUUUUGUUUUGCUAAUUGAGAACAAGCUCCCUCCCCCCCCCCAUAGAAGUGGAGAUGAGCUAGUUCCAGCGAGGGGAAGAUAGUUCACUGAUCGCAACACAACGGGAGGCGAAAAUUUGGAAAACAAAAGUGCAAUACCAUUCCACAGGUCCAUCAGUGAGAACAGAGCGCAUUCUCGCUUUCGGUGGUCCGUCUGCAGAGAGAGAGAGAGAGAGAGAGAGAGAGAAAGAGCGAAAUAAAUUUCACUCCCCUCCCGACACGAUCACGAUCGUGCUGCAGAGUGGCGUGAAAAACCUCCUCCCUCCCCUACCCAUCUUAGUGCAACCGGCGCCGGCAUCUUUCACACCCCACAGGACGACGAUUUCACGUUCAAGGCGAAGCGCGCGAAACUAUUCUCAGUUCGGCCUUCGAACACAUGCCGGUGUUCGAAAUCGGUUGGAGUCGCGCUGAUCGGCCCCAUUCGAGGGGGCCAUGACGCGUUGGCCCGUCCUACUGCUUGCACUGCUCUCGGUGGCGUUCGGUCAUGUGCCGGCCGCGGUCGCCCUAGUGCCCGGCCCGAAUGGCAUCGGUGGCGGCAGUCUCACGCCGAGCGGUUCCGGCGGUGGUACCGGCAGUUCGAGCACGCCCGAAGCGUCUGCCUCGGCCGCCCUUCCCUUCUAUCAUGACCCGUAUCAACCUCAGUCACUGCUGCUGCAGCAUCAAUCAACGAACCAGCAGCAUCAGCACCAGCAGCAGCAGCAGCAGUCGCAGCCGCCGCAACAGCAGCAGACACACUCAUCCGGCUCGUACAUUACGAAGAUGCCGGAGAACUCGCCGCACCAGAAGUUCCGCAACAAUCGGACGGUGCUGACCCUCGGCUAUCUGACCGCGGUCAAGGGUGAUCUGAUCGAGAAGCAGGGCCUCACCAUCUCGGGCGCGCUCACGAUGGCGCUCGACGAGAUCAACAACGAUCCGGAGCUGCUGCCGAACGUGACGCUCGCGCUACGGUGGAACGAUACGCGCGGCGAAACCGUCGUCGCGACACGUGUCAUCACCGAGAUGAUCUGCGACGGGGUGGCGGCGUUCUUCGGCCCGGAAGGUACCUGCCAGACCGAGGCGAUCGUUUCGCAGAGCCGCGACAUACCAAUGAUCUCGUAUAGAUGUUCCGAGCUGCAGCGUAGCUCACCAAUUCCUACCUUCGCCCGCACCGAGCCACCCGAUACUCAGGUUACCAAAUCCAUCAUCUCGCUGCUGACGUACUACGGCUGGCGGAAGUUUUCGAUCAUCCACGAGCAGCUGUGGAAGAACGUGGCCACCUCGCUGGAAACGCAGGCCAAAAACAACAACCUGUCCGUCAACCACGUCGAGAUGGUGUUCGACAACUACAAGUGCUGCCAGGACGAUAUGGACUGCUGCCGUAGUGGAUAUUGGUACACGGUCAUACAGAAAACGAUGAACAGGACGCGCAUCUACGUGUUUCUCGGGAACAGCAACCAGCUCGUUGACAUGAUGGCCACCAUGGACGGGAUGCAGCUGUUUGCGAAGGGCGAAUACCUGGUCAUAUCCGCCGACAUGAUGACUUAUUCGCCGAAACUGUCGAACAAGUAUCUGUGGCGCGUCGAGAAGCCACCGAACGUGAAGAACUGCAUGGACCUGCCGGGGGACUUUGAGCGGCGCAGCAAAAGCUUGCUGGUGGUCGUCGCCUCCGAACCGCUGCCCACGUUCGAAGCGUUCACGCACAAGGUGCGCGAGUACACGCAGAAGGAGCCGUUCUUCUUCAAGCAGCCGUCGCUCUUUCAUCAGUUCGUAAAGUACGUGUCGAUCUAUGCCGCCUAUCUGUACGAUUCGGUGAAGCUGUACGCCUGGGCCCUGGACAAGCUGCUGAAGGAGGAGCAGCAGCACCGGCCGCUGACGAGCGACGUGAUCCGGGACGUGGCCAGCAACGGUACCAAGAUCAUACAAACCAUCAUCAACAACCGAACGUACCACAGCGUUGCCGGUGCGACGAUUAAAAUCGACGACUACGGCGACUCGGAGGGUAACUUUUCGGUGCUCGCCCUCAAGCGGGAGUUCUACGAGGAGGCGAACUUUUCCUGCGAGUUCCAGAUGCGGCCGGUCGCGCACUUCCAGAUGCGGCAACCGCAGCACCUCAACGACACGAACCAGCACCGAAACGAUGAAAUUCCAGAGUUUAAACUGUCCAAGGUGGGCAACGCGAUCGACUGGCCCGGGUCGGACCGGCCGAUGGAUGAGCCGUCGUGCGGUUUCAUGAACGAGCACUGCAUGAAAGACGACACCCACAUCAUGUCGAUGGUGGUGGCGGGCGUCCUGGCCCUCAUCCUGUUCUGUGCCGGCGUCAUCACGAUGAGCAUCUAUCGCAAGUGGAAAAUCGAGCUCGAAAUCGAGGGCCUGCUGUGGAAGAUCGAUCCGGGCGACAUCAAGGGCUACUUCAACACGGAAAUCGUAUCCUCGCCGAGCAAGCUCAGCCUGGCCAGUGCCCAGUCGUUCGGGUCGCGGUGCUCGAACCAGGUGUUCACGCCGACCGCCCGCUUCCGCAGCGUGGUGGUGCGCAUCAAGGAGCUAAAGUUUUCCCGCCGCAAGGACAUCUCGCGCGAAAUCAUGAAGGAGAUGCGGCUGCUGCGCGACCUGCGGCACGAUAACAUCAAUAGCUUCAUCGGGGCUUGCGUGGAGCCGAUGCGGAUAUUACUAGUCACUGAUUAUUGUGCCAAGGGAAGCCUGUACGAUAUCAUCGAGAACGAGGAUAUCAAGCUAGAUGAUUUAUUUAUUGCAUCACUGGUGCAUGAUUUAAUUAAGGCAAUGAUCUACAUUCACAGUUCAGCUUUAAACUAUCACGGUAACUUGAAAUCGUCGAACUGCGUCGUGACGUCGCGCUGGAUGCUGCAGGUGACGGACUUUGGCCUGCACGAUCUGCGCCACUGUGCGGAGAACGAGUCGAUCGGCGAACAUCAGCACUACCGAAAUCUGUUUUGGAAGUCACCGGAGCUGCUGCGCCAACCAAGCGUGUACGGCACGCAGAAGGGAGAUGUGUACGCGUUCGCGAUCAUCCUGUUCGAAAUCAUUGGCCGGCGGGGCCCGUUCGGGUACACCGAGCUCGAGCCGAAGGAGAUCAUCGAUCGGGUGAAGGCGCUGCCCGAACCGGGCAAGGAUCCGUUCCGGCCCGACAUCGAGAGCGUCAUCGAGAACGAGAACGUGUCCGACUAUGUGAUCAACUGCAUACGCGACUGCUGGGACGAGAAUGCAGACCUGCGGCCAGAUUUUCCCAACAUUAGGAAUCGAUUGAAGCGCAUGCGCGGCGGCAAAUCGAAAAACAUCAUGGACCAGAUGAUGGAGAUGAUGGAGAAGUACGCGAACAAUCUCGAGGAGAUCGUGCAGGACCGGACGCGCCUGCUCUGCGAGGAGAAGCGCAAGACGGAGGAUCUGCUGCACCGGAUGCUGCCCCAGCCGGUGGCGGAGAAGCUGACCAAAGGGCUCGGCGUCGAGCCGGUGUCGUACGACUCGGUGACGAUCUACUUCAGCGACAUUGUUGGUUUUACAGCGAUGUCGGCCGAGAGUACGCCGCUGCAGGUCGUCAACUUCCUGAACGAUCUGUACACGGUGUUCGAUCGCAUCAUCAAGGGGUACGACGUGUACAAGGUGGAAACGAUCGGCGACGCGUACAUGGUGGUGUCUGGGUUGCCAAUAACGAACGGAAACCGGCAUGUCGGUGAGAUCGCCUCGAUGGCACUGGAGCUGCUGCAGGCCGUCCGGAGCCACCGGAUCGCUCACCGGCCGAACGAAACGCUGAAGCUGCGCAUCGGCAUACACACGGGACCGGUGGUGGCGGGCGUAGUCGGGUUGACCAUGCCCCGCUACUGUCUGUUCGGCGACACUGUCAAUACGGCCUCGCGCAUGGAGUCGAACGGGGAGGCGCUGAAGAUUCACAUCUCCCAGCAGUGCAAGGACGCGCUGGACACGCUCGGCGGGUACGUGAUCGUGGAGCGUGGUCUGAUCGCGAUGAAGGGCAAGGGCGAGGUGAUGACGUACUGGCUGGAGGCGGCCACCGAGCAAGCGAUCCAGAAGAUCCCGGUCGAUGUGCGCGAUCUGCCACCGCCACUGUUCUGUCGGCCGCGUCGCAGCCCCAAGAUGACGUACGAUUCGCGCCAUCCGAGCAUUAUCGGGCUGCCGGGCGGUGGUAUGAUCACGACGGUGAGCGGCAUGGGCAGCUACAUGCCGGGCAGCAGGCGCCAGUCCUGCGCGCAUCGGGUCGGUGGAGGGGCGGACCACGAGAGCAGCUACAGCCUGCAGGGCUCGAUGUUCGGCCCGAUGGUGCCGAUGAUGCGGGCUGAUUCAUCGCCGCCGCCCCGCCAUCGACUCGAUGCGGUCUAUCGCGAGGGUUCGAUCGCACUGAUGGACGACGGGGAGGACGGUUACUCGCAGUGUACGCUCGACCAGCGACCGAUGGGACCGACGGCCCCCAACGCCCCCACACUCGGGAGUAAAAUCGCUUCGAGCGACAACCUGAAGCGCGCGCUGUUCGGCACAAACAGCCCCGGCCGACGGUUAAGCCACAAGCUGCGCUCGAUCACGUCCGCCGACGAUUACAAGCAGCUGUGCAGCAGUAUGGCCGCCAAUGGGGGCCGAUCGCCCGAGGCGGCGCUACUUCGCGAGAGCCGCUCGCUCGAUCCCUUUCCCGUGACGCUCGAGCCGCGCCGCAAACGGUUGGACGCGCUGACCAAGCGGGUGCCCCGGCUGGCGAAAACGAUCGCCGCACCGUCCCGCACCGGCUCACAGUCAUUCGUGCCAGUGCCGCCCGCCGUCUCCACCAUCAGCCACGAAUCGAUCGCCGACAGCACGGUGCGGCUGGAGGACGAUCAGCACCUGCAACGGUUGAGUGGGUCGGGCCAUGGUAACGCCAAACCGCCCAACAGUCACGGCGAGACACAGCACCACCACCAUCACCACCACCACCACCACCACAAGUAUCUGCACAACAACAACUGCAACGGGUCGAUCGGCAAUGGGGCGGCGGAGGAGCAGGCGACUUGCCCGCUGCUGACGCGACAAACCUCACUCACCACGCCGCAGGAGCACGAGCACCACUGCCCGGGGCUGUACACGAACAACAGCAGCAGCAAGCGGUGGUACUCGCUCGAGCACGUCGGCGUGCCGGACGAGGACAGCUGCAGCAAGAAGUCGCUCACGCGCAGCUCGCUCAAAUCCUGGCUGGUUGGGUUCAUCCACGGGAACGGCUUCAAGUCGAGCGACAGCUCCCUGCGCAAGGUGGGCGUCCUGCCGGUCGGUGUCGGCGGUGUGACCGGGUUCGGGGAGCUACAGCCAACGCCCGAGAAGGAGAGCAUGGUUUGAGGCGCGUUCCACUGCACUUCGAUUCCAUCCCGCCAGUGAGAAAGAGAGAGAAAGAAAGAGAGAGAAAGAGAGAGGGGCACACACAAGUACGUUUUAGAAACUGGCUUACCAAAACAAACAGACGGGAGUGGGGCAAUUUUACGGGGCAGUUACGUAUCGUUAGAGCAAGGAGGGGGAGGGGAUAAGGGAGGGGGGUUAUUUUAUGUUUUAAAAGUUUUAAUUUUGUUUGUUUGUGAGUGUGUGUGUGUGUGCGAGUAAGAGCGUUUUUUGUAAUUAAUUUCCUCAUGUAUUUUGUAGCCUGAUUGUAAUCUGAGUGCCAUUUGCGUUUUGCAAAACAAAACAAAAAAGCGAAACAAGUGUAAUAAGCAUAAAACAGACAGACCUGUGCUGUGUGCGUGUGAGUGUGUGUGAGUGUAUGGAAAGGAGGAACCCGUUUUAAUUGUAAAAAAGGACGACUGUGUGUGUGUGUGAGAAGGGAUUAUGGUAACUCACCCAUGUGGACUUGUUCCACAUUCUUGUUUGCUGUAUUUUCCACUUGAAUAAUUUAAUGUGGCUUGCCCAUGGCACACUGUGUGCUGAGCAGGGUGAGCAAAAACGUUCUCAGCUACGUGCGCCUGCCUCACGAUUUCAAUCUAGGCAGCACAGAAUGGCAAUGAUUGAAUAAACAAGGGGGGAAAUGUGUAAUGGGGAAGAGAUUUCAUAGAAGAAAACCCGUAAAAGGAUGAAUGGGGAAAGUUGUUUGUGUGAAUACGUAAAAGAAAGAAGUGAAGAAGAGAGAAUCGCUUAUUGAAAAGCAAACAAAAGGAAGGGAAAACAAAAGAGAAAAAGAGAGAAGAGAAAGGAACAGAGAGAGAGAGAGAGAGAGAGAGAGAAAAACACAACUAGGCUGUGAAAAUAGAAGUUAAUCAAUUAAGAAUGUUUGUCAUUUGUCUUUCUGCCUCCGAUUGUUUGGGGCGAGAGGCGGGCUGGUGUCCUGACUCCCUCUCUCCACUUCUUCGUUUCGGUGGCCAUUUAGGGUAUGUGUGUGUGUGUGUGUAUGUACGGGCGAAUGAAUGUGAAAAAAAGCAUUCUCAGUGUUUGUAUCCUUGCGGUGUGCUUUAUAAUUCGGUCGGAGGGACAUUUAACGUAAAGCUGUGUCCAAAGUCCCCCCUAACCCUUCCCUAAAGAGAAGGUUAGGAAGUCAGGGUAGUGACAUCAUUCACUUUACCUGUGUAAGUUGAUGAUAUUGUUGUUGUUCUUGUUGUUUGAGGUGAGAGUAAUGCGCGAAAAAAGGCUAUAGAAGCUGAUUACCGCCAUCGCCGAUUACUCCUCUUGUACUCUGUACCCCCCAUCCCCUCCCCACCCAUAAUCGGUAUCUCUGUACGUGUAUGUAUGUGACUGAGUGUCUGUGUAAGUGUAUGUUUGUAUGUAUGUUGGUUGUUAUUACCGCAGACCGUUCGCAACAAUCGCACACCACAGCACAGCAUAGCCGUUCGUUCGUUCGGUGUUUUAUUUUUGUGCAAAAUGUACUUUAAACAAACAGUGUAACAGUGUACGAAGAUUUUUGGCAUAAGAAGAAAAAGAAGAAGAGGAAAAACACACGCACACACACACAUACAACAGCAAAACAAAAUAAAAGGAUUGCGCACGCACACAGUCAAACACACAGCGGGGCUAAACAAUUGAACGUGAGCUUAACGGUAUGUAUGUAUGUAUGUAUGUAUGUAUGUACGUGUAUGUGUGAUUAUUUGUUUACAAUACUUCUACUCGCUAGGUUAACCGUAGUGCAAAGUGCGCUCUGUGCGCCUAAAAGCAUAUCCCUCUGUGUCUGUAUGUGUGUGUGUGAUUGCGAAUGUAUUUGUAUCAUAGCAACGGGUUUUUAACCAUAAAGCGCACGAUAAAGUUACCGUACAAUUAGCGAAGCAGAAUAAUGUAGUGUGUGUGUGGCUUUUCAGCUCUUGUAAUCAAUUUUACAACGAAAGUGCACACACAAAAGAGUGCAACAAAAUGUAUAUGUUAUGAAGGAAAAAAACAAAACAAAGCCACAACACACAUAUAGAGACCUGUAAAUUGACGUUUGUAGCGAUAAUGAUUGCCUUGUGCGGCAUGAAUCUCAGUA